AAAUCGUCUGAACGUUAUCCUUCAAACCUUGCUGCCGCAAAUGUCGGAGAUUCCAAAGACAUAAACCAGGCAGUCAGAUGAUCAGAUCAAGUUGCAAUGAGUUAAGUAUUGUGUAAUGAUUUGCUUGAAAGUGCAACGGCAAAGAAAGAAAAACAACCUUUCAAGCAAGGUUCGCUCAGAAAGAAAGCAGUGUGCUCAAAAUAACAUGCAGCUACGUGGCAUUAAUUUACAGUGAUGUUAAAUAACAGUCGCUCCCGCUAUCAACCAUUGUUCUUUGGAUCUCAGAGCAAGCAGCAAGUCAACACAUUACAAAGAAAUUACAAAUCUAGAUUCAAUACGGAGAAAAUGAUCAUGAUUUCAAAAAUGGUUAUUCUAUUCUGCAGUCUGUUUUUGUUUGGGGUGAAAGUGGAGUCCAAGACAUUGGAUAAGUUUGAAAUCACUCCUCGAAGCUGUCUGGAUCACCUCAAAAAAGGUUUCAAAUCUGAUGGUUAUUAUACCAUUUAUGAUUUCCAAACCAACGACCUAAUCUCAGUUUACUGUGACAUGACUUCAGAAGCUGGAUCAGCUUGGACUUUGGUCAUGUCUUACGCCUUCAAGAACAGAAAUAUGAACCAGAUGACUAGGAGAACAUUGGGGCAAGACGCACCUGUGAACGAGAAUUCCCCUAAUUGGAACCUUUAUCGUAUGAGCCUUUCUCAAAUGACUCAUCUCAAGUCACAGUCUACCCAUUGGAGAUCAACUUGCAGCUUUCCUUCUUACAAGGUCGAUUACACAGAUUACGUCAGAGCAAAGUUUACAGAUUUCGACAUUAUGACAUUUCUGGGUCGUGGUAUUUGCAAGAAAGUUGAAUAUGUCAAUAUCCGUGGUCAUCAGUGCGCCCAAUGUACAUCAAAGUGGUGGCAAGUUAUCAAUGUGUUCGCCCCUCACAUCGAUAGCUCUUUCAGUGCCGGGUGUCAGUUUGUUCCCACUCAAGGUGCGUUUUCGUCCGAAGAUAAUUUUGGUUUCUACGAUAUUUACAACCGUAAGUUCCGUUGCAGUUCUGGUCCGCUUUCUACAACCAACUGGUGGUUUGGUGGAUAUUUGUAAACACAAAAAAGCUUUGAAACUCAUUCGGGAAUCGUCGAAUAGAAAUUGUAUACAAAAAAAGGAAUAGUUUAGUUUGUCUUUGGGGCGUUUUUUUCAAAUUUGAACUACA